GCAGUGAAACCGCUGUUUCAGGACAUCCAGGGAGACGCCGAUGAGCAGGAGAUAAGUGAAAUAGAGAGUUUGUGUAUGAAGUGUCGAGAAAACGGAAUUUCUCGCAUUUUGUUGACUCGGAUUCCGAUGUUUAAAGAAGUCGUUAUUAUAUCGUUCGCAUGUCAACAUUGUGGAUGGGAAAAUAACGAAAUACAAUCUGCUGGGCGAAUACAAGAUGAAGGAAUAAAAAUCCAAUUGAGAAUCCAGAACAAAAAAGAUAUAAGCAGACAGCUUGUCAAGACAGAUGCUGCAACAGUCAUAAUUCCUGAACUUGGCUUUGAAAUUCCUGCAAAGAGCCAACAAGGAGAAGUGACAACCAUUGAGGGACUACUACAGAGAGCAACAGAAGGCUUGAGGCAGGAUCAGCCCGUUAGAAAGAUUAUGGAUCCAGAUGUACAUGACAAGAUCAAAGUUGUCAUCACUGAACUGGAAAUGUGUCAGUCAGGAGGUCGGCUGUUCACUUUGGAGCUGGAUGAUCCAUCAGGAAACAGUUUUAUUGAAAACAUUUGUGCUCCUAAGAAGGAUCCUCAAAUGACAGUGAUGUCAUACAAGAGAUCUGCUGAGCAAGACAUUUUAUUGGGAUUGAGAGCUGAUGAUGACACAGGGAGAGACCAGACUGAAGUGGCUGCUGGACCAAUUACACAAGAUGAGGUUCUAUCUUUUCCAACAAACUGCCCAGAGUGUGGGAGUCCUUGUGAAACAAGAAUGAAACUAGUUGACAUUCCUCAUUUCAAACAAGUUGUCAUCAUGGCUUUGACAUGUGACAGGUGUGGUUGCAAGUCAAAUGAAGUCAAAUCAGGAGGUGGUGUCAGCGAAUUUGGUCAAAGGGUAACAUUAAAAAUGACGUCAAAAGAGGACCUUAGUCGAGAUGUUCUUAAAAGUGAGACGGCUGUUGUUCUCAUUCCUGAGCUUGAUGUGGAAGUUUAUUGUUGCUCUAUGGGCGGCAAAUUUACGACAUUGGAAGGUCUACUUCAUGAUAUAAAGCAAGAGUUGAAGAAAACGGCACCAUUUUCAUUUGGUGACAGCGCUAGAAAAGAUUUUGUCUUGCAGAUGAAGCAGUUUUUACAGAAAUUAGACAAGGUAAUUAGUGGUGAGCAUUUAGUAGAAGUGGUAAUUGAUGAUCCAGCAGGAAACAGUUAUGUACAAAACCCAUAUGCCCCUGAUGCUGAUCCGCACAUGGUAUUGGAACAAUAUGAGCGAAACUAUGAACAGAACGAGGAACUGGGAAUGAAUGACAUGAAAACAGAAGGAUACAGGCAGGGCAGUGAGAAUGAUUGAUGGUUUAUGUUAUGUCUAUUAAAAUUAGUUGUCUAGUUGUAUUAUGUACUUGUUUCAAGUUCAAGUUACUUUUACAAUGAAAAAAGCACUAAAGUUCUAAAUCCUAGGCGCCGACUCACCGAGAA